AUGAUCGGGGCUCGCCAGGCUGUAUAUCCCCGGCUGCGUGCCGCAGCUCAGUUUCAUCCGAUACCGCGAUUGUCACUCCGGACCACGAGAAAUGUUGGCACGAUUACCCAUGGACACCCCUCUGCACGUUCCCAAUGGCCGCGACGGUUCGCCUAUCUGGGGAUCUUUGGUGGAGUCGGCGCCUUUUUAGGGUAUAGAUUUGGGGGAUUAGAGCCGCCUCCGAUGCCGGGGUCAGAGAUUGACAUACUCCUAAUGGAGGACGUUGCUAAGAUGUUCGACAAAUUACCUCUCGUGAGGCGGCUGCGGUCAGAUGCAGAUUACGUCGAGGCGCAUGUUUACGGUAACUAUUCGGACGAAGAUAAAGAGCAAAGGCUUACGUCUGGACCGUUUCGUGGUAGCGGAAGGUUGGCAAUUCAGAAAGUCUUCUGGAAUCAUAAAGAGAAGCAAGCCAUCAAUGUCGUAUUUGCCGGAAAGGGUAUUGAAGGAUGGCCAUAUGUUGUCCAUGGCGGCGCCAUUGCCACUCUACUUGACGAACACCUAGCGCGAGUUGCAAUUCAGAAUCUGCCUGAGCGCACCGCGGUCACUGCGAACCUGGAUGUCAACUACCGAAACAUAGCCAUCUCCAACAGCUUUUUCUCUGUUCACGCGACCUUGGAUCAAGAACGCAGCACAGAUCGGAAGGCCUACGUGAAAGGCGAAGUGCGUGAUGCUAAGGGAAACGUCUGUGCUGAUGCCACUGGACUUUUUGUGGUUCCUCGAGGAUAUAAACUGCGGAGAUUAGGAGAUACGUACUAA